CGCAUAUUAGCGGCAAAAGUUGGCAUCAAAACAAUCACAGCCAAAUCACGGCGCGUUAAUAUCUCUCUUGUGUGUAAAAUGGAAUCCAUUAAUUUUAACGAUUUCACAAUAGAGGAGCGCCAUGAAAUCAUCAAAGCUUUUCUUAUUAAAAUGCGUACAGCGAAUUCGAUGCAGAGUGCGCAACGUUUCUUCGAAUAUUACUUGAAACGUUUCUAUAAACUGCCAUCCAACAUAAUCGACGAUAUUAUUUAUUGUCAACGCGCUAUGAAAACUUAUCUCAGUGUUCAUCAGCGAAUAACAAACUUCUACGCCAAUAACUCGAUGAUAGAUGAGGCCACCAAGAAAAGUCGUUUAGAGGAGAUAGAAGACAUACUCUAUGAGCUCAAUGCAGAGUGUCAAUAUUUGGUGAUCUGCUUGGAGGAGAAUAUUGGACAUUUCUGUUUGCCAUUUACAGAGCAAGAAAUGCAGCCAAAUGUUGACCUGAUCAGUGAAAUGGUAAGCGAAGCAGUUGUUCCUCAUGUCUGUGCCAGUCUCUCGCUGUCCAAGCCACACUUUGUGUCAGAGAGACCGACUGAAAGUCAGUUGCUUCGCAAGUACUUUAGCACAGAGACAAAAACUUCGUUAAACGGCAAAGAUGAAAGCCCAAAACCAACAAGGAUGGUUGCGCCAAACAAGAAGCCUUCUUCAACUGUUGCUGCAAUUGCCGCAACCCCGAAGCCAAUCGCACCGCCGCGUCCAACUGUGAAUCGAACAUCAAGCCCCUUGCUGGAAGUUGCCAUCAAGAACGAGGCGGUAAACGUCAGUCGCUUUAACUUGCAACAGGCAUUGAAGCGCGCCCGUUUAAACCAACAAGGAGCUGGAAGUGCUGGAGCAGCUGCAGGAGCUGGUGGAGCUGGUGGUGCUGGAGGAGCUGGAGGAAAACCACCAGCAUGCGAAACCAAAAUGAACAACUCACAAGAGUUGUUUCUUCAAGGCUUUGGUCUUUGUACGCAUUCCGAACACAAGACCAUGAAGUUAUCCCAAGCUCAUCGUCAGAAACGAAAGCAGAAGCUGGUGCACAAAUAGAUAAGCAUAUUUUAACUAAUCAUAACUAAUUGUUAAGUUAUUACGUCAACUGCGCUGUAAUCGUUCGUUAAGUUACUUUAAUUUUAUGCUAAGAACUUGACUUAAGCUUGAUGUUUUGGAAUUUCAUUAAUUAUCUCUGAAGUCAAUUAUUAGUUUUAUAUAUUCCACAAGUAUGUGUAGUUGAAAUCGCACCGUCAGUAAUUCUUUAUUUGAUCUUUUAAAAUAUUUCGUUAAUAAUCGUAUAUUUCAUACCCACUUUAAUUCUAUACUAAGAACUUGACUUAAUGUUGAUGUUUUGAAAUUUCAUUAAUUAUCUCUGAAGUCAAUUAUUAGUUUUAUAUAUUCCACAAGUGUGCAUAGUUGAAUUCGCACCGUCAGUAACUUUUAAUCUCAUACUUUUUACCCGGUAACCACAAGCAAGUGAAGCAUAAUGUUUCGGUGAUAAUCGUUUAUUUCUUACUUUCAUUUUAUGCUAAGAACUUGACGUAAUUUUAAUGUUUUGGAAUUUCAUUAAUUAUCUCAGACGUCGAUUAUUAGUUUUGUGUAUUCCACAAGUGUGUAUAGUUGAAUUCGCACCGUCAGUAAUUCUUUAUUUGAUCUUUUAAAAUAUUUCGUUAAUAAUCGUAUAUUUCAUACCCACUUUAAUUCUAUACUAAGAACUUGACUUAAGCUUGAUGUUUUGGAAUUUCAUUAAUUAUCUCUGAAGUCAAUUAUUAGUUUUAUAUAUUCCACAAGUGUGCAUAGUUGAAAUCGCAGUCAGUAACUUUUAAUCUCAUACUUUUUACCCGGUAACCACAAGCAAGUGAAGCAUAAUGUUUCGGUGAUAAUCGUUUAUUUCUUACUUUCAUUUUAUGCUAAGAACUUGACGUAAUUUUAAUGUUUUGGAAUUUCAUUAAUUAACUCUGAAGUCGAUUAUUAGUUUUGUGUAUUCCACAACUGUGCAUAGUUGAAUUCGCACCGUCAGUAAUUCUUUAUUUGAUCUUUUAAAAUAUUUCGUUAAUAAUCGUAUAUGUAUUUCAUACCCACUUUAAUUCUAAGCUAAGAACUUGACUUAAUGUUGAUGUUUUGAAAUUUCAUUAUCUCUGAAGACGAUUAUUAGUUUUGUGUAUUCCACAAGUAUGCGUAAUUGAAUUCGCAGUCAGUACCUUUUUGUUUGAACUUUUAUACCUGGUAACCAUAAGCAAGUGAAGUACAAUAUUUCGUUAAUAAUCUGUAUAUUUCUAAGAAUAUGUGUAUAGCUAGUUUAAGCAAUAAAUAUAUAAGUACCGGGUAUC